AUCAUACUGUAUUAUUUUUCCAUCCAAAAUACUAGGCUUAGUUAAAUUGUGUCGAGUUAGUGAGUCGAACGCCGACCUCAAAAUCCUCCGUUAAAACUUGUUAUUGUUUUCCCCAAUUUUUUACUGCAGAAGUGAUAACUGCACGAGGAUUGAUUGAAUUGUUUCAACUCUGGCUACAAAGAUUCAGUUGUAUGAACUAGACUAGAUGGAUCCCGAGGUUGGAUUGAGACUACUUUUUUCUCCACUGGCUUCUAAUAUUGUUGUGCGGACAGCAUGCUGUUCUGUGGGGGUUGUUUUACCUGUUUAUUCCACAUUUAAGGCAAUUGAGGGAAGAGAUGAAAAUGAGCAGAGAAAGUGGCUACUGUAUUGGGCAGCUUAUGGGUCUUUCAGUGUUGUUGAGUUAUUCACCGAUAAGUUUCUCCAUUGGUUUCCACUUUAUUACCACAUGAAGUUUGCAUUUCUUGUUUGGCUUCAACUCCCUACUACUGAUGGGGCAAGGCAAAUGUAUAUGACUCACCUUCGUCCUUUCCUCUUGAAGCAUCAAGCCAGGCUGGACCAAGUAGUUGGAUUUUUGUAUGGUCAAAUGUCCAAGUUUGUUAGCGUGCAUCAAGCUGAAAUCAAGUUCGUGAGAGCACUUCUGAUGAGGACCUUCGUAUCAGCAAACCAGUUUGCUUCAGGUUUUAUUCACCCUGAGCGAAGGCACGUGAGUGGUGCAAUUGAAGGACGAAGACAGCAAAUUGACACUUCUGAUUCUGACGAUGAGGAGUGAUGCUUAACUCAAGAACCACUUGAUCAUUGCAAUGGUUUCCUUAGAGAAUAGAUCUAUUCUGCAAAGCGAGUUUCACAGUAUGAAUUUCUAGGGAUCUUACGACUUCCCAAAUUGAUUUUCCGGUGAUUUUGUACAUAGUUGCUUCCCCUUUGUUCAAGAUCCAUUAGCUUAGUUGUUCAAUUGCUGCUAGGAUUUUUUCACCCUUCAUCCUUUAGGUUGAAAUAAUUACUACUAAGUAGUAUACUAGCAAGUAGCAAACGGUUUUAUUUGUAUAUGUUACUGUGCAGAUGUAUGUGCUUCUAAUUCUUCUUUUUUUAUUGUCACUAAAUACUAUAAGAAAUAUGACACAAUGAUCAUAAACUAUAUGUUGAUAAAAAGGUUUAGAA